AUGUUGAAAAGUUUGCUUGUACAAAAGCUAGCCAUUCUCGCAGUACUCCACGACCCUUCAGAAAUUAAAUCUGCUGACGCCAAAGUUUUAGAUGUCGCCGACAGAGACUGGACUAUUAUUCAAGAUAUUAUUAUUAUAUUGAAGCCACUAGAGGUCGCCACAACUCAUGGUUUAUCCUAUAGUUCAUGGAUUAAUCAACAUUCAUUUGGCACCUGCAGACAACGACUCGACAGAAAUGAGAAGACUAAAAUUAAAGCAGACUUGUCUGAUAAUACUCUGACAACAAAUAUUUUGGUCAAAGGCUCAGCUUUGGAUCCCAGAUACAAAAGUUUGAUGUUUCUCAAUGACGCGCAAAAAGACAUGGUUUGGAAAAAUAUAUGUGAAGAAGCCAAGGAAUUGGAUAAAGGAUCUGGCGAUGGAGCUACGGAAUACCAACCUCCAACAAAGAAAAAAUCAGCAUUGGAAUUCUUGAUUGGCCCAACAGAUAUAGAGAGAUAUAUCAACGAGGUCUCUUUAGAAGCAGACUUUUCUCCUUUUGAAUGGUGGAAAAUAUCAAGUAAGAGGUAUCCUACUUUAGCUAGACUAGCAAGAAAAUAUUUGAGACUACCCGCGACAUCGGUGCCAUCAGAAAGAGUGUUUUCAGAUGCAGGAAAUACUGUUACAAAGAAAAUAUCUAAUUUGGAUCCCGGCACUGUCAAUCAUCUUAUCUUCCUACGGGAUGCUCUCAAGUAG